AUGGGUGAUGGUAGAGAAACUGCUUUCAAGCAUCUGAAUUUGGAAAAUGAAGAAGCCAGGAAGAGAUUCUUCAGGGAAUGUAAAGUGUUGGCAGAAGUCAGGCACAGGAAUCUGGUGAAAAUCAUAUCCUUUUGUUCAGAAUUCGGGUGGAAAAUAUUGGUUCUAGAGUUCAUGGCCAAAGGAAAUCUGGAGACACUUCUGCAUUCAAGCUGUAUCUCAUUGACCUUCAUUGAGAUAUUGAACAUAGCAAUCGAUGUUAUCCAUGGACUAGAACAUCUACAUCAUGACUAUUUUCAACAAAUUAUACAUUGUGAUAUAAAACCAAGUAACAUUCUUAUGGACGAGGACAUGACAACACAUAUAGCAGAUUUUGGCAUUUCUCGAAUAAUUUACGGUUUAUGCACCAGUACCACUAGCUCAGGAAGUAUUUCCACUCUAGCUCUAAAAGGAUCCAUGGGUUACAUUUCACCAGAGUAUGGACUUGGUGGGAAGGUAUCCACGAGGGGCAAUAUUUACAGUUACGGUAUCAUGCUGUUGGAGAUGGCGACUGGAAAAAGUCCAACCAACCAUAUGUUUGUGGGAUAA